AUGGGGGAGUUGAAGAACCAAAUGGAAAAGAUAACCACAUCUAUAGGGCUUUUCCAACAAGAAAGGGGCAAGUUUCCGACCCAGCCACAAGCCAAUCCACAAGGUCAACUUCUCAUUGGUAGUUCUUUGGGGCCUCCGCUCGAGCAAGCUCAAGCGAUCAUCACUUUGAGGAGUGGCAAGGCCGUUGACAAUCUAGUUGUCAAUCCGCCGGCUACACCUAGUCUCGAGCCAUCAUCGACAUCAACAGGUUCUACUCCAACGGAGGAACGUAUCGAGCAAGCUCCGGAGGAAGACAGGGAAUCUCCCGUUCAAGUUUCAAAGGAGGCCGACACCCCUCCAAGCCCACAAGUCUUUCCCUUUCCUGCACCCUAUCCUUCUCGACUGAAAAAACCGAUUUCUCCAUCUAAGGAAGCUGAUAUACUCGACGUGUUCAAAAAGGUCAAUGUGAACAUUCCUUUGAUGGAUGCUAUCAAGCAAAUUCCUUCUUAUGCCAAGUUCUUGAAAGAUCUAUGCACUCAGAAGCGCAAGCUUAAUGUGCACAAGAAGGUGCUCCUCACCGAGCAAGUUAGCCAAAUUUUCCAAGCGAAUCUGGCACCUAAAUACAAAGACCCCGGAUGUCCUACAAUUGCAAUUACUAUUGGGGAGUUGGGUUUGGGGGAGAUGAAGCCUACGCGGGUUACUUUUCAAUUGGCGGAUAGGAGUGUCCGAAUUCCUCGUGGUAUGGUGGAAGAUGUUUUGGUCCAAGUUGAUCAAUUUGUAUAUCCGGUGGAUUUUGUUGUCUUGGAUACUUGUCCGUCGUCUUCAUCACCAUUGUCUACGCCUGUUAUCCUUGGGCGGCCGUUUUUAGCAACCUCGGAUGCCGUAAUCAACUGUCGGAAUGGACUAUAG